GAGGGACUUAUUUUUUAUCUCUGUGUGAAAAUGAUCCACCAGCGGCGCUUCCGUGUGAAGAUGACCGUGGAAAUUGACGCCGUGACGUGUCCGGGUGUCUGGCUGUGUCCAUACGGGCGUGUGGAGCUGAUUUUUCGGACGCUGGGCUAUCACUUCAAGACAGGUGGCGCAGAGGCGCGCUUUCCGCUGCUCUUCCACGAGAAAUUCCACCUGGACGGCUUCUAUCGCGAGUCUGGUGACACCUUGGCGGCUCUGGAAGCACGACUGGCGUGCGAGAGGGUUGAUUUUGCGCUUUAUCAGCGCGGCACGAGGCUGGCAUUCUUCACAGGACAGCUGGGCACACUCUUGCGCUCCGCCACGAAUACCUGUCAUCCGGAAAUCCAUGCACAGGUGCUGAUGCGGCCAACACAGUCCUUUCCCGGCGUCAUAUCACCCAAGAUCCAGCUCAUGACGCGGGUACAGGUGCUUGAGGAUGCGCCAGGAAGGCCAUCGAAGGUGUAUUACAUCAUCUUCAAUGCCAAUGUGAGCAGAAUUGAGCGACCGUGCGACGUGGCGGCGUCUCAGCGGUACCACAGGAGCCCCUGGAGGCGGCAGCGGCCGGUGUGCCAUGUCAGAGAGGCGACAGAAGCUGGGCAUUCGUCAAGCUACCCACAUCACUUUCUGCCCAUCUGCCAGAGGCGUAGGCAGAGCGCCGAUCGAUCCGACGACGAGGACUCUGCAUCCUGUGCGCACUAUGACGAAGACACGUCUUUGGUCCACAAAUGCCCAUUCCAGGAAGUCAAGCACUCCUCUGCGUCCUGCGAAAUCUGUCUGGAGUACAGAAAUCGAUUCAGUCGUCAGUCUUCUUUGUAG